AUGGCAAUCUUGAUAGCGGAAUGUGUGAUGGAUCCUGCUCAGAUCUUCGCAAGGAGUAGAGCCAAUUGGGGGGCAGCGGUUCGAUAUUCCAGGCAGAGCACCGGCGGUGCUGUCAAUAAAUGGAAGUUAUCUAUUGCUGUUUCUGGCGCCUCUUCAGAAGAGUUAAAAUGCUGCGAUAAAGACUCUGGCCGGGAUUCGACCGGCCGACGGCUCACAUCCGCCCCAAUGAUCCAGUGCCAGUGGACCGAAGAGACCCCACCAAAUGUCCCCUCCUUCGGACGACAGCGCACCGAUGCGGAGAUCUGUGGUGUUGGUCCUUUCGAAUAA